AUGCCCGUCGUGAAGCAGGCGCACCCCUUGCACCUGCGCGGCCUGCAGUGCCGCACCCGCAACGCUGAUGAGCUCGCGGGGAAAGGGCAGAUUGGCGCCUUGGUCGGCAAGUUUUACACCGAGGACAUCGCGAACGAGAAAACUACAAGCCGUGUGAAUCCCGGUGUUGUGUACUGCGUGUACACAGACUACGCGUCGGACGAAACGGGGGACUACACGUUCUUUAUCGGCGAGGAAAUUGCGGCGGCCAGUGUCCCCACCAACUUUAUUGCAGCCGAUUCCGUGGGGGAGCACCAGGGGAAGGGGGAAGUGGAGAAAAAAGAUGUUGGUCGUCGCGUGAACACCGUGCAAGAGGAAAUGAAUAAAGAUGGAACUACGAGUGCUGGUAAAAAGAACGUGAUUGCCUACGUCACCGUGGAAGCUGGUUUGUACGAGAAGCGCGUCUCCGAAAAGGGAAAACUGCCGGACUGCGAAGUUGCCUUGUGGAAGCAGAUUUGGGGCGAUGCGGAGUUGAAGGCGCGGCGCGCGUUUGGGACAGAUUUCGUGGUCUACGACAAAUUGAAUCCGGCGGAAGACACGGAAAUUCCCAUUUUCCUGCAACUGGCAGCUGAGUAAUUAUCUGGGGCGUCAGUGUGAGGAGGAGAGCAGGGGUGUUGCUAGGAGUGAGGGGAAAGGAGGUGGCUGUUGGUGUUGACCACGAACUCGAGGGAGAAAAUAAUGUACGCAAAGAAGUACUAGUACUAACUUGAGGACACCGCGCGGCAGCACAUUGCUGGAGAUAUUUCGGCACAGAUUUCGGAGUUGGAAAUGCAGAAGAAUGGAAAAAGUGAACCGCUGCUGCAAAAAGAUGAAAUUGGAUAGUUCCAGAACCUAGGAACCUUAUCUUGGCAUUCGAUAGAAGACCUACUUACUACGCUUGGAAACAACUGACCUCUGGAAUAUUAUAGAAAAUUACUUUAUCGGCAAGCAUUGGUAUCACCUGCAAAAAUCCACGAUGAGUGCAGUGGAUUCGCAGGGUAGACCGUCACACUGUAGUUCAAUAUGAGUUGUAACAUACAGCUUUUUUUCUUCUUGUUUUUAACAUUUACUACGAGAACUGCCAGGGCACUUUGUUUCACUACACCGUUGCAAGGGCAAGCAGCGAGGGGGAUAACCAAUGCGCCGCAUUAGAAGCUGCUGCAAAGCCAACGCCACACGGGGUCUCACGAAGGCUUGGUGGAAGAAGGUGAUCGGCUUUUCGUUUUCUAUGUUUUUCUUUUGACGUUUUGACGCGACAUUAACACGGCAAAGAGGCCAAUAUACUUGAUCUGGAGGACGAGAUGGAGCUGCGCGCGCUUGGGAACGAAACUGCGUUAUUGAAAAACCAUCAAGGCAAAAAUAAAG